AGUGCGACUGGCGGCGAGGCGUGCGCUCCACCGCUGGACACAGCUGCCUGCGCCCAGCGCGCCUUCCAAGACCCACUGGCUGCUCCCACUGGGCGCUUCUCGGGAUUCCAGAGCUGGGGCGGCCAGUUCCGGAGCACAGCAGCCGGCGCGAUGCAUCCCGUAGAUGGCCUCAACCCGCCGGGGCGGACCUCCUAGUCUCCAGACCUGCGGGCCGCAGGGAGUUAAAUUGCUGCCUUCCUCUCCUUCUCGCCUGCGGUUGGUGGGUUGUUUUCUAAAGGAACGUUUGCUUCACUUUUUAGUGUUUUCCACCGGGGACACGCGGCCCGCCUCGUUCCACACUCUGCUUUGUAAAAGGGUUUUUCUAUGUCUGUGUAAAUCUACUUCGGACACCUUGCAACGCUGGCACCUCUCCCACAGGGGCAAGUGCUUGUUGUUUUGGACCUCCUUCUUCCCCUCCACUUGGUACCCCGAACGCAGUGUGAGCAAACUCCCCUCUGCCCCCUGGACGCGGAUCGCCGCGGGGUGCAAGUUUGAGGUGCCAACGUCUACUUCGCCAAGGCCUGGGACCGCCCCGUGCCCGCCGCCAGCGGUCGGGGAAGUUUACAUCUGGAUUGUCACACAUUCUGUCGCCACUGCCCAGACUCUGUCUAACCUUGUGGGCACCGGGUUUUCAGCACUGCAGCCUCCUCAAAUAUUAGCACUGCCUCCCCUCGUCUGCCCUGCCUCUCCCGGCCGCCGAGGUCCUGCCCUCGCCCCGGCGGAGUGGGAUCCCGAGAGAGCAGUGGACUCUGGGCCUGGGGCGGCCCGCUCUGAGCAGCUAUGGCUGCUGCGAUAGCAAGCUCCUUGAUACGGCAGAAGCGGCAGGCGAGGGAGUCCAACAGCGACCGGGUGUCAGCCUCCAAACGCCGCUCCAGCCCCAGCAAAGACGGGCGCUCCUUAUGCGAGAGGCAUGUCCUCGGGGUGUUCAGCAAAGUGCGCUUCUGCAGCGGCCGCAAGAGGCCAGUGAGGCGGAGACCAGAACCCCAGCUGAAAGGAAUUGUGACAAGGUUAUUCAGCCAGCAGGGAUAUUUCCUGCAGAUGCACCCAGAUGGUACCAUUGAUGGGACCAAGGACGAAAACAGCGACUACACUCUCUUCAAUCUAAUUCCUGUGGGCCUUCGUGUGGUGGCCAUCCAAGGGGUGAAGGCCAGCCUCUAUGUGGCCAUGAAUGGCGAAGGCUAUCUCUACAGCUCAGAUGUUUUCACUCCAGAAUGUAAAUUUAAAGAAUCUGUUUUUGAAAACUACUACGUGAUAUAUUCUUCCACACUGUAUCGUCAGCAAGAAUCUGGCCGAGCUUGGUUUCUGGGACUCAAUAAAGAAGGACAAAUUAUGAAGGGGAACAGAGUGAAGAAAACCAAGCCCUCAUCACAUUUUGUACCAAAACCUAUUGAAGUGUGUAUGUAUAGAGAACCAUCACUACAUGAAAUUGGAGAAAAACAAGGGCGUUCGAGGAAAAGUUCUGGAACCCCAACCAUGAAUGGAGGCAAAGUCGUGAAUCAAGAUUCAACAUAGCUGAGAACCCUUCUUUCCUCUCAGCCCUACCCUUCCCCUUUCCUUCCCACGUCCUUCUAAUCUACUCACCCAAGGAGAGAAAAAUAAAAUGGCAACGCAAGACCUAGUGGCAAAGAUUCUGCACUCAAAAUCUUCCUUGUGUAGGACAAAAAAAGAACAAAGCUUGCCUCUUGCAAUGUAGAAAAUUCACAUGCUCAAAUUAGUACA